AUGAGGAUUGAAACUUGUUACUUUUGCUCGCAGCCGUGCUACCCUUCGAAAGGUAUCACAUUCGUCCGCAACGACGCCCGCAUCUUCAGAUUCUGCCGGUCCAAAUGCCACAAGAACUUCAAAAUGAAGCGCAACCCGCGCAAGCUGAAGUGGACGAAAGCCUUCCGCAAGUCCGCCGGUAAGGAGAUGGUCGUCGACAGCACGCUCACCUUCGCCGCCCGCCGCAACGUCCCCAUCCGCUACAACCGCGAGCACAUCGCCGCGACCCUCAACGCCAUGGAACGAGUGUCGGAGAUUCGCCAGAAGCGCGAGCGCGUGUUCUACCGAAAACGCAUGGCGGGCAACAAGGAGCGCCAGCGCGAGAUGGACCGGAAGCUGGUGGCCGAGAACGAGCACUUGCUCACGAAGGAGCGGCCCAGUGUACGCAAGGCGAGAGAGGCGGCCGAAGCGCUGGGCGAGGAGGUCGAGGCGCCGCGCGAGAAGAGCAAGAUGUUUGGCAAGGAGAAGAUUCGCCAGAAGGUGCUGGUCGUCAACGGGGACGAUGGGGAGGAGUUCGAGGGCAUGGAUACGGACUGA